AUGGCUACACGAACAUCCUCACGACAUGCCGCCCAGAAGGCCAAGGAAGCCAUUGCAACUUCUGCCGAGCCGACUGGUAAGACUCCUAAGGGAACAAAGCGGAAAGGUCCUACUGAAGAAGCUCCCCACCCCAAAAAGGAGAAAACGGAGGACAUAAAGCCCGACGAGGAGAAAGCGGAGCAGGCGCCAGGCACAUCGGAAGACGGUCCAGUGCCCAAGACAGAGGAACCACCUGUCGAGAAAGAGGAACCACCUGUCGAGAAAGAGGAACCACCUGUCGAGAAAGAGGAACCACCUGUCGAGAAAGAGGAACCACCUGUCGAGAAAGAGGAACCACCUGUCGAGAAAGAGGAACCACCUGUCGAGAAAGAGGAAUCACCUGUCGAGAAAGAGGAACCACCUGUCGAGAAAGAGGAACCACCUGUCGAGAAAGAGGAACCACCUGUCGAGAAAGAGGAACCAUCAAAGGAGAAUACCGCCGAAAUCGCUCCGGAGAAACCUCAAGGAGUUGAGGGAGGCCUUCGCAAGUCCGAGGAGAGGGAGAACGUGGUAUCCUCCACCAUCCUUGAAAAAGGUUUCAUCUACUUCUUCUUCCGCCCACGCGUCAAUGUAGAGGACCCUCAAAGUAUCGGCGACGUCGCCCGAAGCUUCUUUGUCCUCCGGCCCACCGUUCUUGGGGCGGAAUUCAACCAAGGUCAAGGGGCCGUCGACAAAGAUGCCUCGUGUCGUUUAAUGAUGCUCCCGAAAAAGAAGUUCCCGACCUCACCCAAAGAACGAGAUAUGGGAUUUGUGGAGAAGGCCGGACAGUCUAUGCAAUCUCUCCAUGAGAAGUUCAUCGCUGGUACCACAUACCAGACUGCCACCCGAGGUGAACGGCAUACCGAGGAAGCUAGACCUUACGCAGAAGGUGUCUACGCGAUCACCUCUACACCGCGGGCAUCCCAUCUCGCCUAUAUCUUGACCAUCCCUGCUGAGGUGGGUGAUCUUCAAGAGGACUUCGGUCUGCGAGAACGCGGGAGUUGGAUUAUUCAGUCCAAGAAUCCCAAGUUCGCCGGUCCACCAGUCGGUCGAUUACCGAAAGAGCCAGAAUUUCCUCCAUCGGUUCUCGAGAAAUUCGGAGAUCUUCGAUGGGUGCCUCUGCAGCCCGAGUUCCUGGACUAUCCUAAUUCUCAGUUCCUCAUGAUCGGCGAGGCGCAGAAUCACCUUGGCAAGGCUGCAUCUUCUGAGGGAGGUAAACAGCCUCACGAGGAAGAGCCUGGUCAGGAAUUAGAGAAACUGGAAGACGAAAACGAGCAUCGGGUUGAUGCUCUCGAAGGAGAUGAAACAAUUUAUGAAGACCUGGGCUUCCACGCGAACAAUUACCCCAAAUUGCCCACAACUUGGAAUACGUAA